UCUCAACACAGUGUUGAGCUCUCUCAGUGGAGUUGAUGAUAAUGGACAGCAUUAUCUUCUCCCUCUCUUCCACCGCACACUACUCACCAUCUCCGCCACCCUUCGCCACCUCCAUUCUCGCCGGAAAACAUCAUCCCUCCACCACCUGCAUCCUCUCCCUGAAAUCAUCCUCUGACUCCACUGAAAAACCCACCACCUCCACCAGCCUCCGCCGCCCCACCACCAAUAAGCCCCCUGAUAUCACCACUCAUUCUCAGAAUCUCGAAUUUUCCAAAAACCCCUUAAAACUUCUCCUUAAUUCCCCUCCUAACACUUCAUCACCACCAAUCCUCAGUAACAAACUUUGGUUAUCUAACAAACUCUCACCACCCCCACCCCCAUCCGCACCAUCGAGUCCCCCCACUGAAGGAGAUGAGAGUGAUUUAGACAGUUCAGAUGUUGAAGAAAUGCAAAAAAGUAGUGAAUUUAGGGAAAAAGGGAAAGUCUUUAUUGGGAAUUUACCAAUUUGGGUUAAGAAGAAGGAGCUCACUGAGUUCUUUAGACAAUUUGGGCCUAUCAAGAAUGUGAUUUUGAUAAAGGGUCAUCAUGAGACAGAAAUGAAUAAGGGAUUUGGGUUUGUGAUAUAUGGAGGCUCAACUGCAGAAAAGGCAGCAAUGAAGGCUGUUGAGUUUGAUGGGGUUGAGUUUCACGGGAGGGUGUUGACUGUUAAAUUGGAUGAUGGGAGGAGAAUGAAGGCGAAAACCGAGGAAAGGAGGAGGUGGGUGGAAGGAGAAGAUGAUGUGGAGUAUAGGUCCAAGUGGCAUGAGGAGAGGGAAGGCUCAAGAAAUGGUUUCAGAAAGGUUUUAGAUACAGAGCCAGAGAAUUGGCAGGCCGUUGUGCAAGCUUUCGAGAGAAUCAAGAAGCCAUCCAGGAAAGAGUUUGGUUUAAUGGUGAACUAUUAUGGACGGCGUGGUGACAUGCAUCGUGCACGUGAAACCUUUGAAAAGAUGCGUGCUCGAGGGAUAGAGCCAACAGUUCAUGUGUAUACCAACCUCAUCCAUGCUUAUGCAGUGGCUAGAGACAUGGAAGAAGCACUAUCUUGUGUGAGGAGAAUGAAAGAUGAAGGAAUUGAAAUGAGUCUCGUGACUCACAGCAUCCUUGUUGAUGGAUUUGCAAAACUGGGCAAUAUAGAAGCUGCAGAGCAAUGGUUUAAGGAGGCUAAAGAGAGGCAUCUGACUUUAAAUGCUAUUAUAUAUGGCAGCAUCAUAUAUGCUAACUGCCAAACAUGCAAUAUGGACCGAGCUGAAGAGUUGGUUAGGGAGAUGGAAGAAGAGGGUAUUGAUGCUCCAAUUGAUAUCUAUCAUAUCAUGAUGGAUGGUUAUACCUCGAUAGGAAAUGAGGACAAAUGUCUCAUUUUAUUUGAUAGACUUAAGGAGUGUGGAUUUACACCUUCAGUUGUCAGCUAUGGAUGUUUAAUGAAUCUCUUUAUCAAGGUUGGUAAAGUCUCCAAAGCUUUUGAGGUCAGUGAAAUGAUGAAGUUGGCUGGCAUAAAGCAUAACAUGAAGACAUAUUCCAUGUUGAUCAACGGAUUCAUUAAUUUGAAAGAUUGGGCAAAUGCAUUUGCAAUUUUUGAGGAUGUGAUAAGAGACGGCUUGAAGCCAGAUGUGGUCCUCUAUAAUAACAUUAUCAGAGCAUUUUGUGGCAUUGGUAACAUAGAACGUGCUGUACGUAUAGUUGAGGAAAUGAAAAAGGAGAGGCAUAGACCUACUUCACGGACUUUUAUGCCAAUUAUACAUGCCUUUGCUAAAGCUGGAGAAAUAAGAAAAGCACUUGACGUUUUUGAUAUGAUGAGAAGGAGUGGCUGCAUCCCAACUGUUCAGACUUUCAACGCAUUAAUUCUUGGACUUGUUGAGAAACUUCAGAUGGAGAAAGCUGUGCAAGUUUUAGAUGAGAUGUUGCUUGCAGGAAUUAGGCCAAAUGAGCGUACAUAUACAACCAUUAUGGAUGGUUAUGCAUCUCUUGGCGAUACAGGAAAAGCUUUUGAGUAUUUUUCAAGAAUUAAAGAUGAGGGUCUGGAGCUUGACAUAUAUACAUAUGAGGCAUUACUCAAGGCAUGCUGUAAAGCAGGCAGGAUGCAAAGUGCUUUGGCAGUGACAAAAGAAAUGAGUGCCAAAAACAUCCCGAGGAACACCUAUGUGUACAACAUAUUAAUUGACGGAUGGGCUCGAAGAGGUGAUGUUUGGGAGGCUGCUGACCUGAUGCAACAAAUGAGGCAAGAAGGGGUUCAACCUGACAUCCAUACCUAUACUUCUUUCGUAAAUGCUUGUUGUAAAGCUGGAGACAUGCAGAAAGCGACAAACACAAUUCUAGAGAUGAAAAGGUUUGGGGUUAAACCUAAUGUUAAAACUUACACCACUCUCAUACACGGGUGGGCACGGGCUUCACUUCCUGAAAAGGCUCUAAAAUGCUUUGAAGAGAUGAAGCGAUCUGGUUUGAAGCCAGACAAAGCCGUCUAUCAUUGUUUAAUGACGUCGCUGUUGUCAAGGGCCACAGUUGCUGAAUAUUACAUUAUAGAGGGGAUCCACCGUGUUUGUGAAGAGAUGGUGGAGUCUGGAUUGACUGUUGAUAUGGGAACUGCAGUUCAUUGGUCCAGAUGCUUGCGGAAGAUUGAGAGGACCGGAGGUAAUUUAACCGAAGCACUUCAGAAGACCUUCCCUCCUGAUUGGAUUUCCCACAGAAAUCUUAAUGCACCUUCAAAUAACACUGGGAAUACUGAAGGGUCAGACAACGAUGAUUACGAUGAUGGUCCGUUCUAUGAGACUGACAGUGACGAUGAUACAAAUGCCCCUGCGUAGCUUGAUGAAAUUCGGUUGCCACGCUCUCCAUCUGUUUAGAUGUACUAGGUUGAGCUGUUUUUGUGUAGAAAAUACAGAAAAGAGGUGUUAGAUGUAGAUGAAAUUUUGACACUAGUUGUGUCUUCAUGUUGUCUGAUCAAGAUUGCAAAAUUCAAUCUAUUCUUGUUGUAAAUGUCUUUACUUUUUUCCAGAUAUCUUGGAGAUAUUGUAGCCAACAGAAAAUCAUGUGUCUUCAA